CAUUGUGUGCAUGUGGUUCAGAAGCCCAUACAAAAACCGCUCACUGUAUUUUUUACGAGCGACACUGUUCUAUGCUCUUCAUCUCCUUCAAGUGCAUCAUCUCCCUCAUCCAGGAAUGAGUCAUCACUACAGUCUACAUAGGUAGCCUACCUGUAUCUUAGAAGUGCCUAAUUGUCCAUUAUCUGGUUGGAAAACUGUUCGUCUACGCAUGGAGAAAGUCUGCGCAACGGUUUGAAGCACGUUGCAAUGGGUGAACUGAAUGGAUGACGUAUGUAAAACUUUACCCUAGUGACGCUUGGUGAUUGGCGCCCCUUGUUACCAAAGAUAUAUGCAGAUUUCCAGACGUGUUUAAUUUAUGGUUUGGUCCUCUACUUAAUCACAUGUUGUUUGAAGUGGCAAUCAUCCCUUUGUUGGCUUAAUUUGUUCGCGCUUGAGCGGAUUGGGCCGAUGACGUAAUGUUAGUCAACAUUCAGCUCAGCAUUCCAGUUUUCUCCUCGAACGAAAAAGCCAAGCUUUCAGUGAGGGACGGCAUUUUUGCAACAUCGAUCUUCCUGUGAACUGUCAGCUGAAUUGGGAAUUGUGUAGCAACCGACCCGCAGCCGCACAGUGGAUUUUUAUUGCCUUACCGAGGACAAACUUCAGUUUUUGACGCCCGUACUUGUCAAAAAUCUCUUUGUUCUUUUUAACGACACUGUACAUAGAUUUAUCUUUCCAGAAUACAUCCUGGAUUGGAACUUUUAUACAACCUCCGUCGACCCCCAGGCAUUUUUUAUCAGCUGACUUUAGAUUAACACGUCCAAAUCUGCUUUUACAGAUUUGACGUGGUAAUCUCUAAUGAUGCGUUAGUAGUUUGAUCUUCGAACUCUAAUCCAACACGCAGUGUGCCGAGAUUUGCCAGCGUUUGCCACAUACAACUAGGCUGCUUCAACAGAAGGCAAGCAAAUCAGAACUUUUCCUACCCAUCUGUGACCGAUUGGAUCUUGUAUUACCAGUGUGGGUAACAGACGUGAAGUUUGUCCACAUAUUUACCUCUUGGUGGACGCUGUGGGGAGUUGCACGUGUCUGAACACGCUUUGAGCACGUCACAGGAUUUAAGUCUAGUUUUCUCUCUGUUCCCCGACCGUGUUCCAAGGCCGUUUCCACCCAUUGAGGUCGCUCGCUCUACCCGGUGAUUCAACUGUGCCGCACUGGGAGUUCUCGGAACCUAGAGGGAGCUGAACUUUUGUCGAUGUUAUCUUAUAAGACACAAGGUUCACCACCUGUUGAGGAAUGUUACUAGAGAAAAUGAACGGGGUGGAGGUCCACACUUCGUCGGUCGACCGGGAACUGAAACCCAACGAGAAACUUGAGAAGGAGAUAGGUGUGCUGAAGAGGAGACUACGAGACGCCAAUGACAUCAUUGAGGACAUGGGCAGACGGAUGGAGUUACAGAAGACUAGGACUAGACAACUCAUCACCGGCUGGAAGUUACGUCUGCAAGAGGGGGACGAGAAAGUGUUGCAGGUCGCGCAGGAAAAAGACGCGCAAUUAACGGAACUGGUGUCUGAACUCAUGUUCAUUGAGGGAUGCCUGAAAAAAGAACGAAAGGAAAUCUUGGAAAAGUUGAACAAGAGAGACUCCAAAAUCAGACAGCUGGAGCAGACGGUUAAGAAGCAGCAGAGGCAAAUAGACGCCUUGAACAAGGCCAAUGAGAAACUCCUUGGAAGUUUGCAUGAGAUAAGGCUCGAGACGCCAGAUUCCUCCCCCUCCCCCUCACCAGUUCCUGACUCCACCCCUGAAGAAGAACCCUGUGUAGAGAAUGGGGAGAGGCCACACAACCCCCACUUAACCCAGUUUCUGAGACCUGAGGGUAUGGUACCCAGGCAGCGGGCUAGCACAGUGGAGCUUCUGCCCUCUUUACGCAGGGACAGACGUAGGGGGAUUCCCAACGGUUCCAUCCUAGCCCACAACAAUAACAAGUCUCACUUAGAACCAGACCCCCACCACCAACCUCAACAACACCGGGUACGAUUCCAAGAUGAAGUCUUUGAGGAGGGUUUACCCAGGAAAGAUUGUCUGGAUGUGGAACCGGUAGACAUGCGAAUCCGGAAAAUAUCUCUACCAGCUUACAGACUACCGACAGAUGAUGAAGAUAGUAUACGAUUCUUUUAAAGUGACCCCUGACCCUUGACCACUUCGAAACUGAACACAUUCCUCCGGAUGUAUGACCCCGUGAUUUGUUUAUUUAUUCACGGAAACUUUGAUAUAUUGCACAGUCGUAAUCAUCUGUCCAUUUUUUUGCAUGUAUGUGGUUCUUUUUCAUCACUGGUUAACAACCCACUGCGAGGCGUUUAGAAAUAGUAUAAACAUUGUUAAUAAUAUGUUUGUCUGUGUAAACGAAAUCUUCCCAGAUAUAUUAAAGUGUAUCUGAUUCUUUUUUCAGAUGUCAUUUUAACUUAUGAAUCUAUAAUACUCAAGGAAAAGCUUUGUGUACGUGAACGUUGAUCUUAAGGUUCAGCAUGGUUAACAUUUUCCUGAAUAUCAGUACUUUAUAGUCCAAAGAAGUAAGAUAUGCGAAAUUCGCUGUGGUUUUGUAAUAGCCUUGUUGUUCUGUCUGCCUGGAAGAAUUCACCAGUGAUCAUAUUUAUUCUGACACAUCACUUAUCUUGUAAAAUGAGCCACUGUGCUGUGCCAUUAAGGCCUAGGCUAUACACCAUACUACUGCCUUGCCGAAGUCAAAUAACUCAAAUUUUUAAACUUCGGCACGGCAAUAGCGCGGUGUUUAGCGCGAUUCGGCACGGCAAGUUGGCUUCGGGAACUUGACAAGGUACGUCGCGGUAUCGUAGUUCCAUAUGGCAGCGACACGACACUGGUCUUAGCGUAACUGGCGCGCUGUUGCCACACUCAUUUGAAAUAAGUUCGGCACGACAGUGGUACGACGCCUGUUGGCCUGAGAGGUUCGACUGGAUGUACAUUUAUCUGUUUAUGUGUUACUUAAAGAACAUGUUUAGAGAUUAGGGUGAGAUAUUUUGGAUUAUUGAAAGAGGAUUAAUGUUUUUCGCCUCUUACUUGUACCAGGCUCUGAUCUGAUAAUGUACAUGUAUGUAUAUCAUAGUGACUUUGUAAGCGGGAUUUAGCAAUUCCGAGAAAAGUUGACAUGCUUGGAAACUGCGUGUUUACCGGUACAAUGAAAACGACAAGUCAUAUGACUCAUGUCCCGUCGAAGGAUCUGAAUUUGGUUUCCGGCACAAUAAACAAACCGAGAAGAAAUUUACGGUUUUUUGCUUUAUGUUGAUGCUAGGUUAUGUAACGAAAAUGUCUUUACAUGUACAUGUAUUUAUUCCCCAAGACAAUCCCUGGUCCUCUGUUCGGUAGAAGAUUUUAAUGCUAUCGUAAUCACGUAAUCAUCCUCCUGGUCACAGCUUUGUUAGUAGACCUCAAAAGUCGAGCGACACUUCAUAAAAUUGCGAUUUUAAAAAACACAAAAAAGCCUCCACGUGACUACUGUGUGGCGUCAAACUUUCCAUAAUACUAUUUCAUUUUAAAAUGUAUUGUAAGACGUGCCUGCCAAUCUGUGACAAGCGGUUAAUGUGCAGAACACUUCUGAGUUAAUUCUUCAGAGUCGAAGUCCUUGUUGUAAUAGCCCAACCUUUACAUGGAAAGUGUCAACUUUUUCUACGACCGAUGGUGCUGGGCGCCAUGGUGACAUUUCACGAACCAAUGCAUACGCGUGUAUGUGAGGGAAAUCAGUUCAAGAGAGUCAAAACAGGCAAUAAUUUAGUCAAGUUGUUUUACGGAUUUGUAAAGGACGAUUGUUUAUCGAGUCAUAAAUGUUUUUUUGUUUUAAUUGCAAAUAGAAACCAAACGCGCAUUGACUUAACUGAAUUCUUGAUAAAGUUUGCGUGUAGACAUUUUACUGUUAAUUUUUAGUGUAUUUAUUACAGGCAAACAAUUAAGGUGAAUUUUGUACCUUGAAAGUUGGAAUUUUCGCUCUGUUUGAAUCCAUCACGGCGGUUUAUGGACAAAUCAACAGGUGUAUUUGCCUUCAGUAAAUGUUUGUUAAUUUAAUCAUAUCAAAAACCCCAUCUAUAAUUAUCAUGCAACAUCUAGCAUUAUUUAUAAGUAACAAUAAUUUUGAAAUUUAUUUCAAAAUUGUAGCUAGAUUGCCGUUGAAAAUGAUUAUUGAAUGUUUCCUCAUUAAAGUGAGGCAUUAUUGUUAGAAGCACUUCGCUUAGACUGUACUCGCUAUUUGUUCCCAUAUUUAUGAAGAAACUGUCGAUGUGAUGACAGUAGCCUUGUUUAAAGUAAAAAAUUCUUGCAGCACUUGUGUUUUUGAAGUAACUGUACGAUGGAUUACGUCCAACACUGGUAAAAACACUAACUGUUUAUCGAUAUACAUGUACAUGUACUGUGUUUCAUGGCAAGUGUACAACACCAACACCUACUUGAACGUUGCUUCAACGUGCCCAUUUUGUGAUAAGAAUGUGUAUUCAGACUGUAUUGCGACUGUAUAAUGUGGUGUUGUUUGCAGAGUCUGCGUUGUAGUUCAUUUUGGGGCGACCUUAUCGUUUCUUUGAGCGACCUGUUCGAGCCUGAAGUUAUUGUGUCCAAUCAAAGAGUAAACAAAACAGUGCUAAACAUA